AUGCUCACUGCUCUUUCCUUCUUUCUCUAUUCUCUCUCUUCUUGCUUCUUCCUCUCUCUGGCUUCUUCUUCAUCUUCUUUCUCUCUUCUCUUCUUUCUCUCUUCUCUUUCCUUCUCUCUCUGUCCUAACUGCUCUGUCUACUCUAACGCCUCUCUCUCCUCCUCUCCUUGCACGUCUCACUUCUCGUCUCUCGCUCAUACAGCAUUCCGUUCUGUCUCCUUUCGUCCUGCUGUCUCUCUCUCGGGCGUCUUCAUCUUGAUAGACGUCUUCUCUCUCUUUCUCGCUCUCUUCAGUCUUCUCUGCUACUCUUCUCUCUCGUUCUGUUUGUCUCUAUCGUACGACUCUUCGCUUUCUGUCUCCUCUUCUAUUCUGUCCCUCCCUUCUCUAUUCUCUCUCAACUGCGUGUUCGUGCUUCCUACCUUGCUCCUAUCUCUUCUGUCGGUCUUUCUCUCUUUCCUUCUUCUCUCCCUUCGCUUGUCUCUUCGUCUUGUUCUUCUUACGUUGCUCCUCUCUUCUUCUUGCUCUCUCUCUCUCUUUCUUCUUGCUCUUUCAUCUUCUCUCUCCUGCUGGGUCUUCACUCUGGCUCCCGUCUCGCUCCUCACACUAGAAAGUACGCUGUCCUUACUGUCUUCUUCUCUUCUUCUUCCUCUCCUGGUCUCUCUUCUCUCUGGACUGUCAGUCUACGCAAGUGCUCCUCCUCUCUUCCUCGCUUGCCAGUCUGGCAUGGUUACUGUCCAUCUGUGCUACUCUGCCCCGAUCUUCUCUUGUCUUGACUGCCUUGUCCGUCUUCUGUCUGAGUUCUUCACUCCUAUCUCGCUUCUUCAUAGUUCACACUCUCCUGGUCCUUGCUUCUUAGAUCUAUGA